AUGUCGCUGAUCUCACACACUUUGCAUGGACACACUUUCACAGAGAAUCUGUGCCGUCGAUUUUCACUUGCUGAACUCAACUUAGCAACCAGAGAUUUCAAGGAUGAGCAUGUGAUUGGAAAGGGUGGUUUUGGUAAAGUCUACAAAGGUUUCAUUGAUAAUGACUCAAUUGCUGUGGCCAUAAAGCGUCGGCUGUCAUCGGAUCCCAGCCAAGGGCAGACGGAGUUUACGGCGGAGAUUGAAACAUUAAGUAAGUUCCGACAUCGUAAUCUAGUCUCUCUGAUUGGGUACUGUGAUGAACAGGGAGAGAUGAUUCUUGUUUAUGACUUCAUGUGUAAUGGAACGCUAGCAGAUCACCUCCACAAGCUAUCCAGUAAUAGCAGCAACGACAGCUCAACUCUCUCUUGGAAUGAACGACUUAAGAUAUGUAUUGGAGCGGGACGAGGCCUGGACUAUCUUCACUCUGGUUGCUCCAUCAUACAUCGUGAUGUCAAACCUACUAACAUCCUUUUAGAUGAAAAUUUCGUUGCUAAGAUUUCGGAUUUUGGGUUGGCCAAACAUUUAGGACAUGAUAUCUCACAGAGCCAUGUCUUCACAGAUGUUAAGGGUUCGUUUGGGUAUUUCGACCCAAGUUAUUUUACCACUGGUGUACUUACAAAGGGAAGCGACACUUACGCGUUUGGGAUAAUAUUAUUGGAGGUAUUGAGUGGAAAGCCUGCGGUUGAGGGAAAGCUUGCAGAGGAUAAGGUGUGUAUGAGCGUAUGGGCUCAAGAAAAUAUACGAAAUGGAAAAGCUGACCAGAUUGUAGCUUCAAAUUUGAAAGGAUAUAUCUCGGAAGAUUGCCUCAAGACAUUUGUUGGGGUUGUUAAAAGUUGUUUGCAUCCUGAUCCGAAGAAACGACUCACGAUGACUCGUGUUGUGGCACAGCUUGAGUUAGCACUUGAACAGCAGGAGAGGAAAGGGACAGCAACACAAAGAUUACAAUUUUGGCCGUUUUGGAAUCGAGAUGUUGUGGUGAAUGGUGAAACAGGAUCAACACCAAAGGAUCAAAAUGAGGUCGAAGUUGAUAUGCUGUCAAAGGCCAUCCCUGCCACUGCCAUGAAAGAAGAUGUCACUUUCAUUCUAUUUGGUGAAACAGAGGACAUUUAUGAUGACUAUGUUAAACCCAUGUCUAAUAGAUUCAAAGGAGCCUUGGAAAGUGGACAUGAUGCAACAAUAAUUGGAAGGCGCCACUACAUGCCGAAGCAUGAAUUUGAAUUUAGAGCAAAGGUUUCAGGAUCAUUAUCUAAGCUGAAGGAUGAGAACGUGGUCGAACUAGCUGUUUAUUAUUUUGAUGGCCGUCAGCAGAUCUUAGCGUAUGAUUUUGCUCCACGAGGAUCCCUACAUGACAUUCUUCAUGAACAACAAGACAUAGGUUCAAGCUCAAAGCCAUAUCCGGCUUUAUCAUUGUCCCAAAGAGUCCAAAUCGCUCUUGGGGUUGCAAAGGGAUUAUGCUACAUUCAUGACAUGGGAUUGGUCCAUGAUAACAUCAGAUCCAACAAUAUUUUAAUUUGUGAUGAUGAAACUGCUAAGAUAAUGGAUCCUUUUCUAUGGAUUCAACAGUGUGAGACAGUAUCAUCUGCUAAUGAGUGUCAUCCUUAUCCGUCCGCUAUUCGCAGGAAAAGUGAUGUUUACAACUUUGGUGAGGUUCUCCUAGAGCUUUUGACAGGUAGUAAAACACGACGAGAAGGGAAGCAUCACCUUGUGUCAUGGCUCGAUUCAGACGAGGUAUACAAGAUUGUGGAUGGUCGAUUAAACGCAGACUACCCACCCGAGGCAGUUAAGAAGAUGGCUCAAGUUGCUAAAUUGUGCCUUCGAGAUGGUGCUUAUUAUCGUCCAUACAUGUGGAAAGUUGUACGAGAUCUCGAGCUGUGCCUUGGCGAAACCAAAUCACAACACUCUCAGGAUGGCUAAAGUUGCUCGGUCGUGCCUUCUAGAUGAAGAAUAUAGUUGAAGUUGUACGAGAUCUCGAGCUGUGCCUUGGCGAAACCAAAUCAUACACUCAAGGAGCUGAAAUCAACUGACAUUGUGUAUACAGUAUAUUUUUAUGCAUGAAAGCAGGGGAGCUGAAGAUAGAAGCCAGCCAAAAUGAGAGAAACUAUUGAAUGCUUAUUUCAUUUCAUUGGAUUAUGUUUCCUUUCUUCUUAAGAUAAUGUCACUUACAAAAUUAUUGAAGACGAUUUAAGUGGCGCAUGUGUGAUUGGAAAUGGUAUAUUUCAGAAAAAUGAAAAUGGACUCAUUACUGC